AAAUACAGGAUGGGGCAGCUGCCUCUGGAAGCAGCCAAAAUGUCCCCAGCUGUAGCAGGGGUGAGUAGAGGAUUAGGUAACAGUCCCCUAAUACAGCCCGGAACUAACACCCUCCUCCCCCUCACACAGGCACCCUGGCCUGCCUCCUCCAAGCCUGCCAGAGCUCAGAAUAACCCUGAGAACCAGGCAGCAGGAUGGCAGGGCCUCUGCUUGGGGUCCUGCUCCUCUUGGGGCUCCUCGGCAGGGGUGUGGGGGAGAACGAGGAGCUGCGUCUUUAUCACCAUCUCUUCGACAACUAUGACCCAGGAAGCCGGCCAGCACGGGGGCCUGAGGAUACUGUCACCAUCAGCCUAAAGGUCACCCUGACGAAUCUCAUCUCACUGAAUGAAAAAGAGGAGACUCUCACCACCAGCGUCUGGAUUGGAAUCGAUUGGCAGGAUUACCGACUUAACUACAGCAAGGAUGACUUUGGGGGCAUAGAAACCCUGAGAGUCCCUUCAGAACUCGUAUGGCUGCCAGAGAUUGUGCUGGAGAACAAUAUUGACGGCCAGUUCGGCGUGGCCUACGAUGCCAAUGUGUUGAUCUACGAGGGCGGCUCCGUGACGUGGUUGCCUCCGGCCAUCUACCGCAGUGUCUGCGCCGUGGAGGUCACCUACUUCCCCUUCGACUGGCAGAACUGCUCGCUCAUUUUCCGCUCCCAGACGUACAAUGCCAAGGAAGUGGAGUUAACCUUUGCCGUAGACGACGAUGGUGUGACUAUCAACAAGAUCGACAUCGACACUGAGGCCUAUACUGAGAACGGCGAGUGGGCCAUCGACUUCUGCCCGGGGGUGAUCCACCGCCACGACAUUGGUGCCACCGACGGCCCAGGGGAGACUAACGUCAUCUACUCACUUAUCAUCCGACGGAAGCCGCUCUUCUACGUCAUUAACAUCAUCGUGCCCUGCGUGCUCAUCUCGGGUCUGGUGCUGCUCGCCUACUUCCUGCCUGCGCAGGCCGGCGGCCAGAAAUGCACGGUUUCCAUCAACGUCCUGCUCGCCCAGACAGUCUUCUUGUUCCUCAUUGCCCAGAAAAUCCCAGAGACUUCUCUGAGCGUGCCGCUGCUGGGCAGGUUCCUUAUUUUCGUCAUGAUUGUCGCCACACUCAUUGUCAUGAAUUGCGUCAUCGUGCUCAACGUGUCCCUGCGGACGCCCACCACCCACAGCAUGUCCGUGCGUCUGCGCCACGUUCUACUGGAGCUGCUGCCGCACCUGCUGGGGUCCCCGCCGCCGCCCUCCGAGGCCCCCCUGGCCGCCUCGCCCCCAAGGCGGGCAUCGUCGGUUGGCUUAUUGCUCAGGGCGGAGGAGCUGAUACUGAAAAAGCCGCGGAGUGAGCUUGUGUUUGAGGGACAGAGGCACCGCCACGGGACCUGGACAGCUGCCUUCUGCCAGAGCCUGGGCGCUGCCGCCCCUGAGGUCCGCUGCUGUGUGGAUACCGUGAACUUUGUGGCUGAGAGCACGAGAGACCAAGAGGCCACCAGUGAGGUGGGACGGGAGCCAGAGGCCGGUGGUGUGAGGCAGAUCUCCCGUGCCCCUGGGUCCUGCAGCUCCCUCUUUACUGUGCUGACCCUUCCCCAGGAAGUGUCCGACUGGGUGCGCAUGGGGAAUGCCCUUGACAACAUCUGCUUCUGGGCCGCUCUGGUGCUCUUCAGCGUGGGCUCCAGCCUCAUCUUCCUCGGAGCCUACUUCAACCAAGUGCCUGAUCUUCCCUUCCCGCCGUGUAUCCAGCCUUAAUGCACACUGACUUCAACUUCCUAACCAACUCUAGCAGGAAAUGGAUUUUGAAAAAAUCAAUUUCAAAAUCACCACAGCCUUAUGAUCCCUCUGCUGGAGCGCAUGGGAACCAAACACCCUCAGUGCUGGUGGCCCUCAGGCUCACAGGUUUAGGGGUGAGGCUGCCCUGGCCCUCCCACAGUCAUUUUUUCUAGGUUUUCUUGGCCCAGCACUGCUCAUGCUACCCUGUUGAGCCUCACUAAUGGCAGAUCUCGGCCCACCUUCUCCCUUUGUUCCCCACCCUGGAGGCUCUCUCUGCCUAGUAUCCAGGACGGUGAGAGAAGGCAAAAAUGGGGCCUGAAUGGUGGGAGCUGGUUGAAUUGUCUUUAUUAACAAACAGGAUAUCCAAGGCCACUACAUUGAGGAGGGGUGAGGGGAGGGAGGGAGGAGGGUUACUUGCUGCUCACACUAUAUACAGAUGCAAGCAAGGGGCAUAGAGAGUGAGGGCUCCCUGCUCCCUCCCUCCACCAGGGAAGGGCAUGGGCUAGAAGAGAUGAGGGUUAGGAGGGGGGAACGUUUUGGCUGGCGGGGGUCCCCCCUCCUUUCCUUGGAGUCUGGGGGAGGGGAAUCAUUAAAGUGCUUUCAGAAAAUGAAGAAAUGGUCCCUGCCCCUGGAGUGGCUGGUGACCCCCC